CUGAAAGCAGGUGGAUGUUUGAGAGCACACUUGUUUAUGCUGCGGUGGCGGGGCUCGGUGACAGUGUCCCUGUGGAACUCGGUCAGUUUUAUGACAAGCUUUCAGCAUUGUCAAAACUCUUUUCAAAGGUCACGCAGGUAGAGCUGCAAAACUAAACCGAGACUGGGAGAGAAACUGAACUAUAGAUACAUCUUCCAAGGAGAGUUUCUGAUACUUUUAUUUUGGGGAGUCGCUGGUAAAAGUCCAAGUCCUGGGCGUCACUCACAGGGACAAUGUUACAUUUCAGAACAGCCGCAACGUGCACCAUCGCUGAAUCACCGGAGCCUGUUCGAAGGAGUAACAUUCGAAGGGUCCGGCUGACUCUGCACAGUGAUGGCAACUCGGCCUCCACAAGAGAUGAAACCAAAAGGAGGGGGAAAGCAGAAACGGAAGACAAAACGAGUACAGGAAACAGUCAGAAAAACAAUGCAUUACUCCAAACUGAAAAUGACAGCUCACAAUCAUUAAAACUGCAUCUUUCCAAUGGCUUGGGUUCAGAGCCAUCUCCUCACAGGCGGAUGUACGGAGUGGUGAAGAGAGCAGAUGCAAAUAAGGCCGAGGUGGUUGUGUAUGAAUGGUCAGUUAACCAGCUUAAAGAGGAAAUGAGCUACAUUAAGGAGGUGAGGCAUUCACUGGAGAAAGUCAGACAACAAAUGUUUGGUGAGUUUAAUGGAAUGAAGAAGAAAUUACAAGAACUCUCAAACGAAGUAAAGGCAUCGGAGGCUCGGCAGGAAACACUGCAGAAGGAGGUCAGGAGCAAUACUGCAGCCCUCGAGCAGUGUAGCCAGACGAAUAACUCACUGACAGCUCUGACGGUCGACAUGCAGAGAUCUCUCCUCGAUUCGACAGUGACUGCCAACAAGAGGAGGGAGGAAAUGGAAACACUCCGUAGGAACUAUCACAAAUCACUGGAGGAAAUGAAAGAGAAGGAUCAGCAGAUUGAGAAUGCACAAGCUGAAAAUCAGAUUCUCAAACUCAAGAUAGAAUCUUCUCAGGAAGCCAAUGCCAGUGCAAUGCGGGAUAUGACCAGGAAGCUCUUUGAUCAAUAUGAAGCAAAACUGAAAGAUGCCAAACAACAGCACCAAGCUGAAAUGGAGGCCAUUCAGGCCCGAAUACACCAGGCUGUCCAAGAACUGGAAGAAGCCAAUAAGAAGGCUGCAGCAGCAGAACAGCAAAUAGCAGAAAGGGACCAGAGGAUUCAAGAGCUGGACCAAUUCAUUUCUCGAAUGGAGAAGGAGCGUCACCUCUUACAGCAGAGGCUACAACAACAAGAGAGGCAGCUCUGGCAGCUUCAACAGAGGGAUGAAAUAGAUUCAGGAAACCUCAGAAGGUCCCAGAAACUGGAGGAGGAAGCUGCCAGUCUGAGGGAAAGAAUUCAGCACCUGGACAACAUGGUACACUGUCAACAGAGAAAAGUCAAGCAAAUGAUUGAAGAGAUAGAAAUCCUGAAGAGUAAAAUUGAACAGAAAGAUGUGACAAUUGAGGACUUAAUGGAAAGGAUUUCAUUUUUGGAAGCUGAGAAUAAAGAACUACAGGACAAAUUGGACUAUAUGAUGUCUCUGGGUCAACACAAAACAGUGGAAACCAGUGAUCAAGCAGUCUCAUGUGAUAUUCCCCUCAGGAUUAUUCCGGUAAAAGGCAAGCAACAUGUGACCACUCCAUAUUUGAGGUUGAUGGAAUUAAGUGAACAGAGACAGACACACUGAAUGUGUUGCCUUUUUACAUUAUCCAUGUGAGUGGAGCUGCCCGACAGACACGCCUUUGGGCACUGAGGAGCUGGUGCUACUUUGAGCUGGUUCAACGUGAAUAUGAUUUCUUUAUCAAAAAAAGUGCAAUACCAUUUAAAUCAAAGGCUAAAAGGCCUCUGUACAAAUCAAUUAACUUCAGGCAGUCUCUAUUUUACAAGUGAGUUAAGUAAAAGAAAAACUAUUUAUUAUUGAUGUAUAUAUUUUGUAAUAUAAUGUGUUAUGCUUAUUUAGGAACUGUGUUAAUCUUAUAAAUAUGUAUAGAGAGAGCAUGAUAUUUAAUGAGAAAAAAACAUAAAAUGAUCUUACAAAAUUAAUCUCCAGAUAUUGAUGUCCUAUAAAUAUGUACAGAUAAAUAAAGGAAGUUAAUGCCAUGUAAGCUACUGCACAUUGUCCAAUACUACAAUUGAAUGUGACUAUCACAGCUUUGCCAGAGGACACUCUCCUCGUUCCUAUUAUAACUGAAUAUUAUAUAAUAUAUAAGCUUACAUUCUUCAUAGGACCAUGAUAUGUAUGACUUAUUGUACUGAAUUGUAAUUUCUACUGAAAUCUUUAUUAAUGGAAUAGAAAUGAAUUAGGUCAAUUUUGGGCCGUCUUGAAAACUGGUUAAUUUGAAAUUUCAUCAUUUGCAUUCUGUCCAACAGCAGGGUAAGCAGAGAGGAGGAACCUAGAAAGGAGCAAGAAUGACGUUUUGAUGGUCCAAAGUAUUUCAAAAUGCAGCUUUUGUGUAAAUAGUUGAGCGACUGAGCCCUGAAAUUCUUCCCUUCUCGGCUAGCAGCUCAAUUUGCUGAAGCAGGGGGUUUGGGGUUUGGGGAAGGGAAUACACUGAGUGUCAAGCCUUUUUCUGCUUGUACCAUAUUCCACUGGAUAUAGGAAGAGACUGUUAACUGUAACGGAGGUUGGACCCAUGACCAGCUGCCACUAACAGUAAAUAGGUUACAUUGAUACACCAAACUGGCAUGUUACAGUUAAAAUAGACAUUUCUCAACUCAGAUUAUAACAGGCUGGCAGUUUUCUUCAGAAAGGAUCAUGUAAAACAACACAGUUGUAUCAGUUUGGGAAGAAACCAAAUCCUGUGCAUGUUAUUCCAGUUUGUGUGCUGAUGUCACACUGCGUGCUUCAUUGGUCUGAUAGCAAAUUCUACAGCUGUAGAGCAGUUAGUGAAAAUAAGGAAAUCUUUCCACCCUUCAUGUUGUUAUAUUUUCCAAAAAACAGGUGGACUAGCUGUUAAUGAAGGCUGGAAAACUCAACACAUUUACAUGUUGUGUAGGCAUCCAUUUCAUUGAUGAACACAUGCAGAAACUUCCCACCAAAUUCCUGAUGAAUCAUUACUAAUUAGGCAGCAAGAACAGGUGCACAUUAAAAUUUCCCACAAGCCGCUAAUAAAUCUGCAUUAAUUAACUGAUAGGAGUGAGGAUAGAUUCAUUCCGAGCAGUGGCAGGAGUUGGACAGAGUUUUCUCAUGAGAUUUUUGAUAACUUGGGGCCAUCGAGUUGAGCCAAUUUGCAAAACUACAGUACAAACUUUCAAAUGGUGCUCAGGAUUUCAGAUGCCGGUUGGGACCUUGGAAUCGCGAGGCUUUCUGGUCCCUGACUCCAGUCUGAUGGCAAUAUGUAUAUGCAAGGCUAGUUCCGGACACAAGUGUUAGGACUGGGCAAGAGUUGUGUAGGUGAGGAAAAGAGAAGCAAUCUGGGAGCAAGUCCCAUUUAAGGGCAAGGAGCAAAGCUGGCUGUAGGUGCUGUUUGUUAAGGUCAUAGAGGAUGAGGCCACAGCUGUGGUAAAGAAGGGCAUCCACCUCACCACCUCACCCCCAGGUUUGAUUAAACCUUCAGGUCAUGCUGGGGGGUUUAACCACUCGCAGGAGCAUUUCCAGUUCCUGCCAUUUUUGGAGCACGAUCUUCCAACUUUGUCUUGAUCCGCACUGUGUCUUUCUUGUCCAGUGAUCCUCUGUAAUUUGCUGCUGCUGCUCAUUCCUCUUUCCUCCUGCAGGCACCGAGGAUUGUCUCACCUUCUGUCUUUCUUGCUGGGGGCAGCUGUAAGCCUCUGGGCUGAUGCUGACUAUAGCCCCUACACUGGAGCCACCUCUUCCUUCAUGUGGGUUACCAAUGUCACAUCAAUCCUGAACCCCCAUCCAGUCAAAUAUCAGACAGUGCCUCUGGAGAGAGCUAGUAAUAGCUCAAUCAGAGCCCUUCUAACAUAUGAGACAAGUUCCCUCUUCUACAUCCCCUGGGUAAGAUUAAUUUAUAGGGGAAAUUGAGGACUGCAGAUGCUGGAGAUUGGAGUUGAAGAGUGUGGUGCUGGAAAAGCACAGCAGGUCAGGCAGCAUCCGAGGAGCAGGAGAGUCGACGUUUUGGGCAUAAGCCCUUCAUCAGGAAUCAAAGUUAAUUUAUAACCUAAUCUAAAGGAGCAGCUAAGUGAUAGGAUCCCAAUAUAUGGGAGAUUCACAUUCAGUUUGAAGGGAGGAUGAUCUCAUGGCAUUGUGGCACUGUCCCUAAUUCUGAGCCAGAAGGUCCAGAUUCAAGUCCCACCAUACUGAACAGGUUGAUUAGAAGAUACAUUCAGUUUGAAGAGAGAAGUGUGGGAUUAAGAUGAGUCGAUUAAAUCUAACUAAAAGUAGCUAUAAGGGUAUGAAGGCAGAGGUGGACAAAGUAAACAGUGAAACUAAAUUGAAUGGUAGGGUGGUAGAGCUGCAGUAUAAAAUACCUUAGAAAACCCAAACAAAGCUUCAUUGCUGUGAGAAAGAAAGACUCUUUAAAAAGAAUGCAUUGAUUGUGGCUAAAUAUGCAAGUAUCGAUUUGGGGGGAGAAAAAAAUUACAAAUCUGCAAAGUUUAGUGUUGGGUCAGAUUUUAAGAACCAGCAAAGAAUGACUAAAACAAAAUUAAUGGGUGUAAGUAGAGGAUAAGAGAAAGCUAGCUUGUAAUAUAGAAAUAGUUGGAAGAGUUUAGAAAGGAAAGGAAUGACUAAAACUAGUUUUGGUCAUCUAGAGAGAGGCUGAAGAAUUAAUAAUGGGAAACAAAGAAAUGGCAAAAGUGUUGAGUAGAUAUUUUGUAAUUUUUCCAACAUAGAAGAUUUAGAAAUGUUUAGAUAAUACUUAAAAUUCAAGGUGAAAUGGUAAGACACAACAACCACUAACACCAGGGAAUAGGCUGGAGAAGCCAUUAAACAGCAUGUAAGAGCUGAUAGUUUGAAAGUAACAUAUUAGCACAGAUAAAGGUUAGGUUAACAAACGGGAAGCAGUGAGUAUUGAUAAAGGAUUUUUUGUUGGAUUGGCGACCUGAAUCCAAUGGAUUACCACAGGGACCAGUUCUCUGCCCUCAACUAUUUUCAUUCUGUAUCAAUGAUUUGAAUGAAGAGACCAAAUAUAUGGUGGCUAAUUUUAGUGGUGUGCCUGGAAAGAGAUAUAGACAGAUUAAAUAAAUGUGAAGAAAGUGAGGACUGCAGAUACUGGGGAUCAGAUCUCCAGCAAUUCCCAGCAACACACUCUCGAGAUUAAGUAAAUGUGCAAGUUUUGGCAGAUGGGCUAUAAUACAGGAAAAUGUGUGUAUUUUCCUUUUUGUCAGGAGGAAUGGAAAAGCAGUAUAUAAUUGAAAUGGAGGGAGAUAGCAUUACCCAAUGGUAUAGAGAACUCUAGGUGUACUCUUUAAGUGAAUCACAAGAAGUUGGUUAUGCAGGUACAAUAAGUUACUGUACAACUGGGAAGGCAAGUGGAAUGUUGGUAUUUGUUCUAAGGGGAAUGAAAGAUAAUAAGAAUGAGGAACUUCCUUGCAGGGAGACCACACCAAAAGUACUGUGUACAGUUGUGGUCUGCUUAUUUGAAAAACAAUUGGUUUGAAUGAGGAUAGGUUCAAAGAAAACUCAUUCUAGUUAUUAUGGGAUUGAAUAGAUUGAGGCUAAACUUGUUAUGGUUUAGAAGAAUGAGAUUUUAUUGAAACAUUGCAUAUUUUAGUAUAGUGGAUGUCAGAAAAAUGUUUCCUCUUGUAAGAAAGAUAAGAAAUAGAGACACAGCUUAAGAAUAAGAGGUCUCCCUUUUAACAUUGAGAUGAAGGGAAAUCUUUUCUAGGGGUCACCAGACUGUGGAAUUCUUUUUCCAGAAAACAAUGAUAGCUAGGUCAUUGCAUUUAUUCAAGACAGAGUGAGGUAGAUUUUUGAUGGAGAAGGGAAGUUAAGGUUUAUUAGUGCAGUCUGGAAAAUGGAGUUGAGACCACAAUCAAAUCAACCAUGACCAUCUUAAAUAGUGGAGCAGGCUUGAAAGACUUACUCCUGCUUCCAGGUCCAAUAUUCAUAAGCUCCAAUGCUCUUAUGUGCUGGUCUUGCAUUAGAAAAUUGGAACAUUGACCCAGCAAGCAGAUCUCCACAGCUAAUCAUCCCCAAUCCCAGCCUCAUCAUUGUGCCUUUUUGCUAUUCUAUAAUAGACUGAUUAUUGUUUUGUUAGUGAAGGAAAUUACAUCACUUCAAACAUCUAGAUCAAAUAUGGUGGGUUCAAUAUAAAGUGUUCAAAGAAAGGAAUUUGGUCCUCCUUUUUUUGAAGAAGGAAAAUAGAAAUUCCAUGGAUCUUUGAAAAUAGAGUCAGGACUAUCCCAGACCUAAAAAUAUUGCUCCCAAUUUCAACCAAUCCCCCUUUCAUCACCAGAAUGGGCAUGCCAGGGUAACAAUUUCACCAUUUGGGACACUUCUCAUUGAUAUGAGAAGGGUGCAGAGAGACAGAAAAUUUCAUAACUUGAGAAUGAAAAUGCAGCCCUUUGUACCUAUAUUUUGUUCAAUGUUUUGUAAUGUUUGUAAAUGUUUGUAUCAAAAGCUAGUAACAGUUUUCAUAAAGUAUACAAACCAAAGAUACAACUAUGUAAUAAAAAGCUGUUGGAAUUUGAAA